UUAGCAACGCGCGGCACCUCGUGUUCCACCGCCCAUCAACGCUACUCACCGUACGUACAAGUUAACGUCAGAUCGAGGCCGCCGGAGAUAUAUAUGGCAUCGCCGGUGGCCAUCAGCACUACUGCGGUGUUCAAGCGGGGGCGGCACCCCGUGGACACGAAGCACGUCGACCACAGCCAGGUCCCCGGCGUCCCCAAGCCGCUCAUGGUGGUCACCCCCACCGACGCCGGCGUCUACCCCGUCGCCGUCUUCCUGCACGGCUGCAGCAUGUACAACAGCUGGUACCAGACCCUCCUGUCGCACGUCGCGUCCCACGGGUUCAUCGCCGUCGCACCCCAGCUCGGCGGCAUCCUGCCGCCGCUCGACAUGAAAGACCUGAAGGACAUCGACGCCACCAGGAAGGUCACCGCCUGGCUCGCCGACAACCUGGCGCACGUCCUCACCAACAUCCUCCACCUCCACGGCGUCACGCCGGACCUCUCCAGGCUAGCGCUGGCCGGCCACAGCCGCGGCGGCGACACCGCCUUCGCCGUGGCGCUCGGUCUCGGAUCCUCCUCCUCCUCCUCAGACACAACGCCGCUCAAGUUCUCCGCCCUGAUCGGCGUGGACCCCGUGGCGGGGCUAUCCAAGGAGUUGCAGCUGGAGCCGAAGGUGCUGACGUUCGAGCCCCGGUCCCUGGACCCGGGCAUGCCGGCGCUGGUCGUCGGCACGGGGCUCGGACCCAAGGGCUUGCUGCCGUGCGCCCCCGCCGGCGUCAGCCACGGCGAGUUCUACGACGAGUGCGCGCCGCCGCGGUACCACGUCGUGGUGAGGGACUACGGGCACCUGGACAUGCUGGACGACGACGGCGUGCCCUACGUCAUCAGCAACUGCAUGUGCAAGAGGAACACGAACACCACCAAGGACCUCGCCAGGAGGGCCAUCGGGGGCGCCAUGGUGGCGUUCCUCAGGGCAAAGCUGGAGGACGACGACGAGGAUCUCAGGGCCGUGCUUCAGAACAGCCCUGGGCUCUCGCCGGCGGUGCUCGACCCAGUUGAAUAUGACGAUGACGAAGCCAUGGAUGGGCCAGGUUGCGCUGGCAACAAUGGAGUGGCAGGUGCGUCUGGCUAGCCGGUGUCCACGUUUCCACUUCUUGAGUGAUAAGCACUUAGAUGUGUGUAUGCUGUGUGGUGUAUACUGUACAUGUGCACCUGCGAGUUCUAUGCACUGUUCACCGUUUAAACACCAUGUAAAUACUACAUGAUGGUGGUGUGCUGUUUUUAUUGAAUAAUCUAUUUAGCCUGUUUAGUUUAUUAUUUACCUCGAAUAAUGGCUAAAGUAAGGGUUACAGUUUAGCGUUUAGAAAAACAAUUGGUGCUAUGUAACAUUAAUUAUCAUGCAUGUCAUAUGAUCAUGUACACACGUGUUUAAA